AUGGACAGCCUGAUAUCGUCCCCCGCGAACCCCAACUUGAACAGCAAUCACGGCCCUCGAGCUUCAUCGAUCCCGCAGGAAGUCCAUUUAAAUCCUGGCCUUGCUACAGAGGCUUCGCGAGCAUAUCAUGGGCCACAUCAACACAGUUACCCUGGAGCCACACAGCAGCUCGAAAGCUGGGCCCAAGGAUCCGGCGUCAAUACGCAUGCACGAAUUGACGUGCAUCCUCUUGUUCGACAUCUGCCAAUUCAAACAGCUAGCGAACAUGCGCGUCGUCCAAAUGCCAAUACCCUCGGGGCGCAAGCACGAUCCAACUCGGGAUACACCGCAGUGCAUGCCUCUGCAGGGUUCUAUCCCGGAUUCACGGCAGUCCAGGCAUCUACUCCCUCUCACAUCUUUCUUCCUCCGUCCGUGCCUGCCAGCCGAAGUGCACGCCAUCGGAACGAAACCAUCGCCCAAGCAAUGGCCGCUCCUCCUGCCGCUUUCUCCGCACCCAUCUCAUCUGCUCCUCGUGUCGUGUCUGCGAGCGAAUAUGCGCGACGCCAGCCCUCUCCCAUCCAGCCGUCGCCUAUGCCGUAUUUCCUAACUCCAGCCCCACCUUACGAGGCGCUUCCUUCAUAUGACGAUGUAGCACCCCCAAUGCCGCCGGUAUCGUUUACUCCCGUCAUCGAGGAAGAUGGACAUACCGCCGAAAGUGGGGAGAAUGAGGCACGCCCGGAGAAUGGAGAUGGUGAAGCAAAUCAAGAGGACGAGGAGAACCAGGAGGAAGUGGAGAUCGGUCUGCUGUCUCCGAUUGCGAUCAACGUUUCUGCUCUCCCUCAAUGA